AACACGUGGGGGCUUCACAGUGCAGAGACAGCGUGAGAGAUACAGAGUGAGAGAUACAGAGUGAGAGAUACAGAGUGAGAGAUACAGAGUGAGAGAUACAGAGUGAGAGAUACAGAGUGAGAGAUACAGAGUGAGAGAUACAGAGUGAGAGAUACAGAGUGAGAGAUACAGAGUGAGAGAUACAGAGUGAGAGAUACAGAGUGAGAGAUACAGAGUGAGAGAUACAGAGUGAGACAGAGUACAAGAGGCACAAGACUGAGAGACAACAGAGAGACACGGGGAGCGGUCACUCUCCUGAGAGAGACACAGGCGAGAGAGGGCUGCGUGAGGUGCGCACCACCACCACAUCCGUCUCGUGUGAGAGGAUGUCGCAGUUCUCGUUUGAGAGUGACGUGAGUCACUUGCUGAAGCUGGAUGCCCCCAUUUCCUCGGGUCCCCAGCCGCGUUGGCAGCGCAAGGCGGCGUCCGCGAACACGAGCACGGUGGGAAGCUUGGGCAUGCCAGCCCCCCCUGGCGCCCACAACAGCAGCAGCAACAGCAGCAUAAUGGCAGUGUCACCAAUGAAGGGGUCUAGUCGCGCCAAUAGCAGCAGCCGCACGCCAGGACGCACUCCCACGUCCAAGUGCCAAAACACGCCCGGGGCCAAGGGCAAGAGCUCACCUGGUCGUGCCCCCCGCACUCCCCAUGGCAAGUUCUGUGACCGAUUCAUCCCCGUGCGCAACAGCAAAAAUAUGGAGGUGGCGAGCUACCUCGUAUCUCGAGAAGAAACAGCAUCUCCACUGAAGGAGAAGCAGGCAGCGAUGAUGCAUCUGCUGAGCGGCGUGGAUGUGGAGAAAGCACGAAUCUUACGCUACCAGGGACCCGCGCCACCUGUACCCGAGGGCUACAGCAACACACAGAAGGUGCUGUACUCCCAGCAGGGCUACACACCCCUCUCCCUGCUCAAGAAGAAGCGACACAUACCCACGCAGCCCGAGCGUGUGCUCGACGCGCCGGCCGUCCGCAAUGACUUCUACCUAAACCCGCUGGACUGGAGUGUGGACAACGUCGUGUGUGUGGCGCUGGGCCACUUUGGGACAUAUCUCUGGGAUGCAGAAACGGGGAAUGUGACCCAGCACAUGAAGAUGGAGGGGCAGGAUUACCCUUCGUCCGUCUCGUGGGUACCAACUGGAGGCAACAUCAUCGCCAUCGGAACCAGUUUCAAAACCGUGCAGAUCUGGGACGUGGAGCGCAACAAAUGUUUAAGGAAUAUGCAGGGCCACACGGGGCGUGUGAGCUCCCUGUCCUGGAACGGACACCUCCUGUCAAGUGGGUCCCGCUCGGGUCAGAUCCACCACCAUGACGUGCGGAUGGUGCAGCAUCACGUCGCCACGCUGAGUGGCCACUCUCAGGAGGUGUGCGGCUUGGCGUGGUCCCCUGGCGGACGCCUGCUGGCCAGCGGAAGCAACGACAACAACCUCCUCGUGUGGGCCAACGGCAGCACAUCCUCGGCACCCCUCCACUCCCUCCAGCAGCACACGGCCGCCGUCAAGGCACUAGCGUGGUGUCCAUGGCAAGCAAGUUUGCUGGCGAGUGGGGGUGGAACAAACGACCACCACAUUCGCCUGUGGAAUGUCAACACGGGGGUCUGCUUAAACGCAGUGGACGCGAAGUCUCAGGUGUGCUCCGUCUUGUGGUCGAGCGAACACAAGGAGCUACUCUCCGCCCACGGCUACGCUAAGAACCAGCUCACACUGUGGGUCUACCCAGCGAUGGUGCCCAUCGCCGAGCUCUUAGGCCACACAGAGCGCGUGCUGCAGGUUGUCGCGAGCCCCGACGGAUCCUCCGUGAUGUCGGUCGGUGCCGAUGAGAGCCUGCGCCUGUGGCGCUGCUUCCAGGGGGACCAGUCGCGGAAGAAGAAGAUACAGCAACAGCUGGGAGGCAGCAACGCGGGGAAGCUCUCGCAGAACUGCUUGCGCUAACCCCCCCCCCUUACCAACAUCCCACUGGCAACAACUUUUAGCAACAUUGACCCUCGCCUGUUCGAGCAUAGAGGGGACGCUAAAGUCAUAUUGCCAGAAUUAUCCCCGCUCCUAAUCCUCCCUGCUCUCCACAGUGCGUAGAUCUGCAGUGAUCACUAUUCACCGUUCGGAUACAAAUUGUGUCCUUGCAUACUAGGACACAAUUUGUAUCUGACCACCGAGCCUAAUCCGUCCUCCGGGCAUCACCACAGCCUUGCGUCUACCCCUGAACGUUAACUACAGCAACUCCAUUAACUAUGACAACCCCAUUCAAGUGUUGUAUAUAAUCGCCCCAAAUCUUCCUGCCCCCCCCCCCCCAAGCAUUCCCAUGUGUCC